UUUUAUUUUUUUUAUUUUUUUUAAACGGCAAGUGAUAAUUAAUUAAUCAUAUGUUUUAAACAAAAAGAAACUUUAGAAAAUUUAAUAGUCAACAAUAUUAUAUAUUUUAUAACAAUAAGUUAAUAGAUUAUUAAUUUAUCCAUUGCAGGAAGUUUCACACCUCAACCAUAUAUAUACAAACAACAUCACCAAAAUACCAAAACAUUACCUAUGUUUACCAUGGCAUCUGCUUCUUCUCCAACAUCUUUCACCGAUCUCCACCCACACAUCAUCCAGACCCAAAUCCUACCAAGACUCGACGGUCAAUCUCUCUCCUCCACCGCAUCAACCUCAUCUUAUCUACGAUCCCUCUGCGCCGAUGAGAUUCUCUGGUCUGAUAUCUGCAACUCCACUUGGCCGUCAAUAACCCACCCACGUAUUGACCACCUCAUCUCCACCUUCUCCGCCGGUCACCGCUCGUUCUUCCAAGACUCUUUUCUGCCUCCAAUCACCGAAGUCAAACACCCUCUCCGCCACCAUCGCUGGUCUAGCUCCCAACCAGGAUCUACCUUACGUCAUCAUCCUUUGCCAACUGAACUUAUUUCAGCCGUCGAUAUACGCUACCAUGACGACAUGAUUUACUCCAGAGUCGAAUUUACUAACAACACAACCGAUUUCCGGUCAUCGGCGUUAAAGAUUGUACUGGAGGACGAUCCGGUCGUCACCGGGAUGCAUCGAUCUAUUGACUUGAAAGUCGACAAGCUCGUACACGCUGACGACGCAGCAAUAUCACACCUAAAAGAAUCUGUAACGUUAAACUGGAUCCUAAUAGACCCGACCCGGAAACGAGCAGUAAACCUAUCCAGUAUCAAACCGGUUCUUGCAUGGAUAACGACGGACAUUCAUAUCAGAUACGCUGUCGUUUUGCCAGGGUUUGACUUGAAUGAGUUGGUGGAAUGUCGGAUAGAGGUGACGUUAGCCGUGGGUAAGGGAGGUGUGUCUUUGAAGGUGCGGGAGGUGACACUCCAUGUACAAGACGUGGGUUGUAAUUAUGUCACUGGGAAGGAGUUUUUGGUAAUUACAAGAAGGGCAUUUUUGGGAAUAAAUGAUUAUAAGGAGGUGGAGGUUGGGGUUGGGGUUGACUUCUACCAAAAUGACUUGGUAAAAAAAGAAGAAAUGAUGAAGAGCUAUUUCGACUAUAAUUAUAUUAUGCCUACCUUUUUAUUGUGCCUUUGUUUUUUUGGUAUUUUAUUAUAACAUAAUAUUUAUGUA